CGGCGCUGGCGGCCCUGGCGCUCGUGGCCCCCCCGAACCGCCGCGGCACCGCCGGGGACCCCCCGGAGCCCCCCGAGGGCGGCGGGCGGGGGGGGGAGGAGGCGGGGGGACCCCCCGAGUCCCCCUUCGAGUGUGACGGGGACCCCACGGCCGGGUACCGACCCCCCUCCCCCAUCGACCUGCGCCGCUCCAUCGACGAGGCCUUGGGAGCGCCGGGAAUGUUCCGCAUCGGGAACGGCGGCAUCGGGGGCGCCGGGAGCGCCGGGAAUACCGGGAAUACCGGGAAUACUGGCGGCGGCGUUACCAGGAGCACCGGCAACGCCGGGAAGGCCAAGAACAACGGGAUCAGCAUCAUCGGCAGCUCUGGGAAAACUGGGAGCAAUGGGAGCACCGGGAUCAGCGUCAUCAGCACCACCGGGAGCACCGGGAGCACCGGGAGCACCGGGAACACCGGCACCAGCACAACAGAGUUACCGGGGGUCGGCACAACCCAGGGCACGGGCACAGCUGGGGGAACUGGGAUGGGCACAACUGGGGGAACUGGGAUGGGCACAACUGGGGGAACUGGGAGCGGCACGGCUGGAGCACUGGGAACCACCACAGCCGGAACACCAGGAACUGCCACAGCCGGAACACCAGGAACCACCACAGCUGGAACACCAGGAACCACCACAGCUGGAACACCAGGAACUGCCACAGCUGGAACACCGGGAACCAACACAGCUGGAACACCAGGAACCACCACAGCUGGAACACCAGGAACUGCCACUGCUGGAACACCAGGAACCACCACAGCUGGAACACCGGGAACUGCCACAGCUGGAACACCAGGAAUCACCACAGCUGGAACACCAGGAACUGCCACAGCUGGAACACCAGGAACUGCCACAGCUGGAACACCAGGAAUCACUACUGCUGGAACUGCCGGGACCGGCAGCACCGGCACCGAGGGGGGUGACACAGCCGGCACAGCUGGCACAGCCAGUGCACCUGGCACUCAUGGCACAGCUGGCACUCAUGGCACAGCUGGCAGAGCUGGCACAGCCAGUGCACCUGGCACUCAUGGUACAGCUGGCACAGCUGGCACAGCGGGCACAGCCGGUGGGACGGAGCUCAGCCUCCCGGGCCCUCUUGGCACAACUGGGGGCAGCGGAACAGCAACACCAGGAACAGGCACCACGAGCACUGCCGGCACAGCUGGCACAGCUGGGACACAGGGUCCUGGCACCCCUGGCACAGCGGGUCCCAGCACAGCUGGCACAGCCAGCACACAAGGUCCCACCAAACCUGUCACACCUGGCACCCCUGGCACCCCUGGUACCCCUGGCACCCCUGGCACAGGGGGUCCUGGCACCCCUGGCACCCCUGGCACAGGGGGUCCUGGCGCCCCUGGCACCCCUGGCACACGGAGUCCUGGCGCCCCUGGCCCAGCGGGUCCUGGCACGGCUGGCACGGCCGGCACAGCCGGCACACGGGGUCCCGGCACGCGGGGUCCCCCCCCCGCCCCCCGCCCCUCUGCUCUGUCCCGCGCCGCCUCUUUGGGGGGUCCCCCCGCGGGGUCCCCGGGGGCGAGAGGGGGGGCCCGGGGAGGGAGCCCGGGGGGGGCCGAGGACGCCCCCUCCCCCCGGGGACUGGCCCGGGGGGACACGACCCCCAGCACCCCCCCGCGGGGACCCCCCGGGGCAGCGCCCCCCCCGCUGCGACCCUCCCAGAGCUGGGCCGAGGGGACCCCCCGGCCCCCCCCCGCCCCCCAGGCCCACGGCGGGGGGGUCCCCGGGCCCCCCGGGGAUGGGGACAGCCGCAGCCCGGGCAGUGACACCAUAGACUUGUAGGGUGCGGGGGGCCCCCGGGGCGCCCCCAACACAGCCGGGGGGGCUGUGGAGAGACCCCGGCCCGGCCACCCCGGCCAGGGAUCCCCAGGACCCCCCAAGUCCCUGAGACCCCAAAUAGGGGUGACGACCUCGGGACCCCCAAAUUCCUGAGACCCCCAAGUGCUGAUGACAAUCGGGGGACCCCCAAGAUGUCCCCCCAGGUCCCCAAGACCCCCAAAUACGGGUAACAAGCUGCCCCCCCCGUGUCCUUGAGACCCCCCAAGUGCUGGUGCCAAUCUGGGGAUCAACCACCCCCAGAGAUCCUGAGACCCCCAAAUACGGGUGACAACCUGGGGACCCCCAAGUCCCUGAGAUCCCCCAAGUGCUUGUGACCACAUGAGGGCCCCCCCAAGUUCCUGAGACCCCCAAACAGGGGAGACAAACUGCCCCCCCCAAAUACCUGAGACCCCCAAAUAUGGGUGACAACGUGGGCCCCCCGUGUCCUGGAGACCCCCAAGUGCUGGUGACAAUCCGGAGACUCCCCCCAAGCUGCCCCCCAAGCCCCAGAGACCCCCGAGUGCUGGUGACAAAAUGCCCCCCCUAGCACCUGAGACCCCCAAACGCAGCCUGGGGACUGAGACCCUCGGGUGGGGGUGACAAACUGCCCCCCCCAGUUACCUGGGACCCCCAAAGAGGAGUGACAACCUGAGUCUCCCCGUGUCCUCGACACCCUCAAGUUCUGGUGACAAUCUGGUGACCCCCCCAGGUCCUCGAGACCCCCCAAACACGGAUUACAACGUGGGGACCACCCAAGUCACUGAGACUCCAGGUGCUGGGGGCAACUUGGGCACCCCCAGAUGCCCCCGAGGGCCCCAAGCCCCCCAAGGUGGCAAUCUGGGGACCCCCCAGGUUCCUGAGCCCCCCAAAUGCAGGUGAUAACCUGCCCCCCCCAUGUCCUUGAGACCCCCAAGUGCUGACAAUGACCUGGGGACCCCCCCAGCCUCCCCCCAAGUCCUGGAGACCCCCAAAUACGGGUAACAAACUGCCCCCCCCAUGUUCUUGAACCCCCCAAAGUGCUGGUGCCAAUCUGGGGACCCCCCAGCUGCCCCCUAAGUCCCCGAGACCCCCAAAUAGGGGUGGGAACAUGGGGACACCCCAAGUCCCUGAGCUCCCCAAGUACAGGUGCCAAUGUGGGGACCCCCAAGUCCCCGAGCCCCUCAAGUGCUGAUGACAAUCUGGGGACCCCCCCCAGCCCCCACACAAGUCCCUGAGACCCCCCAAAUACGGGUAACAAACUGCCCCCCCCGUGUUCUUGAGCUCCCAAGUGCUGGUGCCAAUCUGGGGGUCCCCCCCAGGCAUCCCCCAGGUCCCUGAGACCCCCCCAAUACGGGUAACAAACUGCUCCCCCCCACCCCUGAGCCCCCCAAAUGCUGGUGACAAUCUGGGCCCCCCAAUAUUCCCCGCGGCCCUCCCGGGCCCCCCAGUUCCUCCCCCGUGUACCCAAUAAAGUGCCACGUGCGAA